UUAUCGAGUUUAACGCGACCCCAGAUUAAACGCCGCCGCAUAAAUACAUAACACUCAGCCAUUAUCAUCAUUGCCACAUAAUAAAGUUAAGGAAAGAAAUUCUUCAUUGUUUUUCCCUUUUUCUCCCCAAGCACCACUAAAUCUUGCAGAUUUUUUCUCCGCUUUGUGACCUCGAAAUGGGGUUUAUCGCAAGCUGUUGUACCAAGUUUCCAACAGGAAGCUUAGUAAGAAACUGAUAGUGAAUGUAUUGAGUUUUCUGUGAAUAUGUCCAUUAGGAUUGUUUAGUGACUAGAUCAAUUGUAAAGGAAGUGUAGUGAAAUCAUUCCAAGACUAAACCUACUUGAAAGCCUAUCCAAAGUCCUAUUUCAAAAAAACAUCUCAUGUAUAUGAAAAUGCUGUGACCUGACAAUUUCAAGUGUACCGUGCUUAAGAUUUCAAAUAGAAAAGUGAUUUUUAGGAAAAGAAAAAUCUACAGAAUGGAUUACUCGUAUCUCAAUCAGGCAGCUGCAUCCUUUGACUCCAGCUGCCUCCAGGGGGGAAUGGACCCCACAGGAUUGGCUAAUAUGCCGUGUGCUUAUGGUGACCUAACGUCCUGUAGUCAGAUGUCUCAGGCUGCAUAUCGUUACACAGCGGCGGCUGCCUCCAUGGCUAGAUCCUACAAUCCCGUAGGAACAGGUGUAGGCCAUGGGGGCACCACAAUGGGAGCCCUCCAUCACACAGGAGCUCCGGGCAGUCAAUGUGGCGUCAUGAAUGGUCGGAGUCACCAUCAGGACAUGCACAGAACGUCCAUGUUUCCCACAUCAAUGAACCUUCAGACUGGUAUCUCCUACAAAGUAUAUCCGGGCCACGAUUCUGUGCUGACAGAAAAAAGAAAACAGCGAAGAAUCCGAACCACCUUCACAUCAGCUCAGCUGAAGGAGCUGGAGAGAGCCUUCCAGGAGACCCAUUAUCCUGACAUCUACACACGAGAAGAGAUCGCCAUGAAAAUAGACCUCACUGAAGCGAGAGUUCAGGUGUGGUUUCAAAAUCGACGAGCCAAAUUUCGGAAACAGGAGAGAAUAGCACAGCAAAAGGUCACAUCGAAUAACACGUCGAAUCCGUCAGAUGCAUCGAGUGUUAAGACAGAAAUUAAAGGAGCACCUGGUGGGACAACAACCCCAAAGGAUCUCAAGGCGGGAUCACCGAUCUCAACUGUAUCCACAACUCCAAAUUCCAACUCAUCGUCACAUCAAUCCACCGAUAUUAAGCCCCUAAAUGGAAAAAUAACAGAUGAUCUCACGUCCAAUAACAACAAGUGGACAGGAUCGUGCAAUUCGCUCCUGCAGCAUCAUCAGCAGCAGCAACUGGGAAAGUCACCAACAACAGGAUCAAGUCUAGGAAGUGGCCUUCAGAAUCAUCAUCAUACAUCGCAUCAUCAUGCAGCUGUUGCUGCAGCCGCCCUAGCAUCGCCAUUUUCAUCCCUUCUGAGCGCCGGAGGAAGUGCUGGCUACCUCCUAGAUCCCCUGGGUAGCCUCAAUAAGUCCACAACAGCCAAUCAUUUGUUCUAGGAGACCGUGGAUUCACAUUUGCAUUUCAAAAUACUUUGCAGUGAGAGAAAUUGAGUGAAAAACCGAGCCAAGAACUUCAGAAAUUCUUUCCUAAGUCCAUCAAAUGAGUGAAUGAGUGUUUAUGAAAUUCCUGAGAUGUCUCAGAUGGACAAUAUUUGAGGGAAAUUCUGCACAAAAGUCACUCACAAUGAUAUAAUUCACAAAUCAAGAGAGAAUUCUUCACUCCACCAUAGACUUUAACGUCCAAUCAACUUUGACCGAGGGAGCCAACAAAUUUAUCACCCAGUGAAUUUUCAAUGUAUAAAAGAUACUAAGGAGAUAUACGAAUGAUUUUUUUUUUUGAACAAGAGAAUGAAUUGACGAGUUGUAGUCUAAUGAACACAUCUGUAUACGGAAAAUUAUACUAUAUUUAAAGAAUGUGAAUAAAGGUUAAGGGAAUUGUAGAAGAUUCGAGUUCAAGAGUGAAAAGGUGGCAUUUUGUAUCACAAUUGCUCUUAUUCUUUUAUUUGGAAAAGAGGUUAUAUGUUACAAU